GUUUGUAAACGUUUCGAGAGGAUGUCAAUUUGAUGCUUGUGGGCAAACUUGUAAAGUCACUUGGAUGUUCAUAUAUCUUCAAGAGUCUCGUAGCUGUAAGUCACUGUCGUGAGCUACUUUUUGGAAGAUUCAGGGGAAUGGAAACUCACGCAAGUAAAUUGCCUUUGAAAUAUUCGGAAGUGCCUUCUUCGUCCAGAAAUAUAUCAGUGUUUUCGUCUUCGUUUGAUGGUGGUUACUUCCCGAAAAGUGAAGAACUUCCUCUUCCUCUAAAGAGUCAAGGAACAUUUAAAAACCCGUGGAGUUCUUGGAGGGACAAACGACUAUGGGACUUGUUUCGUUGGUUAAGCACGACAAAAGAUGAAAGCAAUGUUCCGAAAAAUCGGAAUGAACUUGAUCUGUUGCUACCAGUACAACGCGUUAAUCGUGCUCUACUCGAAAAGCCUCCUAGCCAGGGGACGUUUCGUCUGACCUGGUUGGGACAUUCUUCAGUAUUAGCCCAGUUUGAUGGUUUUAAUAUCCUUACCGACCCUGUCUUUAGUGAAAGGUGUUCGCCGUUUCAGUUUAUGGGUCCCAAGAGAAUACGGCCAGUGCCUUGUGAACUAGAGGAUUUGCCAUCCUUGGAUGUAAUUCUCAUUUCUCAUAAUCAUUACGACCAUUUGGACAAGAACACUUUGAGGGAUUUACUUAAAUCUGAGAGACAUCGACAAGCAAUUGUAGUGGUUCCUUUAGGUGUGAAAAGCCUCUUGGAACGACUUCAUGUGGAUACGAGGAUCCGUCAACAGAUAUAUGAGUUGAAUUGGUGGGAACACGUUGAUGUAGAUGGCAAGUUGAGAGUUUUUAUGACACCUGCUCAGCAUUGGAGCAGAAGAACUAUUUGGGAUACGAAUCAUGCGUUGUGGGGAAGUUUUGCAGUAAUUGGUAGCACUAUCAAGUUUUAUUUUGCUGGUGAUACAGGUUAUUGUCCAGUAUUCCAGACAAUAGGAAGAUAUUUGGGACCUUUUGACUGUGCAGCUAUUCCUAUUGGUGCCUACCAUCCAAGAUGGUUUAUGUCACCUCAGCAUGUUGAUCCUGAGCAGGCAUUGAAGAUCCAUAAUGAUAUUGGGAGUCGUUUUUCAAUUGGUAUACACUGGGGCACUUUUAUUUUGACCAACGAAUAUUUUCUUGAACCUCCUCAACUAUUAAGGAAUCUUAUCGCUGCAAAUAAGCUGAACCUCGGAAGUUUUCGAACUUUAAGACAUGGAGAGUCUACGCCGGGUCCAUAGUACAAAAUCUAGAAGCCAUUGAGAUAAUAUUUAAGUAAAGGUAUUACUUAUGUC